GUGAGCUGGAGGAGAGCCGCAGCAGCUCGAGUUAUUCACCGUCGCCGGGGAACGGGGAGCUAGUGGGACAUAUAGUAAAAGCUAGCGCAGGAGGCUAGCCACUAGCUAACACAUAGCUAGCAGUUCACACUGUAGAAGGGGGGAACAGCGCUAGCUAGGUACUCUUCACACACGGUUUUGAAAUUUACGCAAUCAGUGCCGGACGAGAAACAAGAGACGCUGAUCGCACUUGACUUUCAAGGGCCAGAUUAUCUGCACGUUUUUUUGCAAAGGCUUCAAUGUUUUCUGGAGAAGGGGGUUUGUUCGAAAGCUGGCACGAUGGGCUACAGGUCAGCCGUGGACCUGCUGGAGUGAGAGAAUCCCUCCCCACGCUGUAAACCUCCUCCACACCAGAGGGCACCACCCAAACCUACCUCCCAACAGGUCACGAGCGGUCAUGGCAGGCUUCAAGCGCGGCUACGACGGCAAGAUCGCCGGGCUGUACGACCUGGACAAGACGCUGGGGCGCGGCCACUUCGCCGUGGUCAAGCUGGCCCGACACGUCUUCACGGGGGAGAAGGUGGCGGUGAAGGUCAUCGACAAGACCAAGCUGGACACGGUGGCCACGGGCCACCUCUUCCAGGAGGUGCGCUGCAUGAAGCUGGUGCAGCACCCCAACAUCGUGCGCCUGUACGAGGUCAUCGACACGCAGACCAAGCUCUACCUGAUCCUGGAGCUAGGCGACGGCGGCGACAUGUUCGACUACAUCAUGAAGCACGAGGAGGGCCUCAGCGAGGAGCUGGCCAAGAAGUACUUCGCCCAGAUCGUCCACGCCAUCUCCUACUGCCACCGGCUGCACGUGGUCCACCGUGACCUCAAGCCCGAGAACGUGGUCUUCUUCGAGAAGCAGGGCCUGGUCAAGCUGACCGACUUCGGCUUCAGCAACAAGUUCCAGCCGGGCAAGAAGCUGACCACCAGCUGCGGCUCGCUGGCGUACUCCGCCCCAGAGAUCCUGCUGGGGGACGAGUACGACGCACCGGCCGUGGAUAUCUGGAGUCUGGGUGUGAUCCUCUUCAUGCUGGUGUGUGGCCAGCCUCCCUUCCAAGAGGCCAAUGACAGCGAGACGCUGACCAUGAUCAUGGACUGCAAGUACACCGUACCUGCGCACGUCUCCGGAGCCUGCAAGGACCUCAUAAACCGCAUGCUGCAGCGGGACCCCAAGCGCCGGGCCUCGCUGGAGGAGAUCGAGAACCACGCCUGGCUGCAGGGCGUGGACCCCUCGCCCGCUACCAAGUACAACACCCCGCUGGUGUCCCACAAGAACCUGUCGGAGGAGGAACACAACAGCAUCAUCCAGCGCAUGGUGCUCGGGGACAUCGCCGACCGCGAAGCCAUCAUUGAGGCUCUGGAGACGAACAAGUACAACCACAUCACCGCAACGUACUUCCUGCUGGCGGAGAGGAUUCUCAGAGAGAAGCAGGAGAAGGAGGUCCAGAACCGAUCCUCCAGCCCCAGCAAUAUCAAAGCCCAGUUCAGGCAGUCCUGGCCGACGAAGAUCGACAUGCACCAGGACAUCGAGGACAGCCUGGCGGGACCGUCCAUGUCCCACGCCGGCGGCCCGCAGUCCCCGGCCCGCAGCGCCGAGAACCUGCUGAACGGGCACCGUAGCAAGGGGCUGCUGGACCUGGGGCGGAGGGAGGAGCCGAGCGAGCCCUCCGUCCUAUCCCUGACGUCCGGCUGCGGCUCCGCCCUGCCGCCCUGCCCCGCCCCUCCCCCCAACCCGCUCAAGCCGGCCGCCACCGCCGCCGCCUCCGCCUCCAGCAAGCAGCGCACCUGCCUGUUCCGGGUGGAGGAGGACGAGGAGGAGGAAGAGGAGCAGGAGCCGUCGCCCCUGCCCACGCAGGUGGUGCUCCGGCGCAAGCCGCCCUCCGUCACCAACCGGCUGACGUCGCGCAAGAGCGCGCCAGUACUCAACCAAAUCUUCGAGGAGGAGGGCGAGUCGGACGACGACUUUGACAUGGACGAGGGCCUGCCGCCCAAGCUGAGCCGGCUGAAGAUGAACAUGGCGUCGCCGGGCACCGUGCACAAGCGCUACCACCGGCGGAAAAGCCAGGGCCGCGGCUCCAGCUGCUCCAGCUCCGAGACCAGCGACGACGACUCGGAGAGCCACCGGCGCCGGCUGGACAAGGACACGGGCUUCGCCUACGGGUGGAACCGCAGGGACAGCAGCGAGGGGCCGCCGGGGAGCCCGGGCGGGGGGGGAGGGGGCGGGGGAGGCCAGGGCAAACCCCCGGGGGAGGGCGGCAACCCGGGGCCGGACAAGGGCAGCCCCCCCGGCGGGGGCGGGGGCGGAGGGGGCGGGAACGGAGGAGGAGGGGGGAGCGGGGCGGGAGGAGGAGGCGGCAAAGGACAGGGGAGCCCCUCCAGCUGCUCCAGCGGGAGCACCAACCAGACGGCGGGCUCCACGCGCAGCUCGGCGAAGACGGCCGGGGGCCUGGUGGAGAGCCUCAAACUCAUGAGCCUCUGCCUCAGCUCCCAGUUCCACCACCUGGCCGGGGGCGGGGUCGGGGGCGGGGGAGGGGGCGGAGGCGGCGGCCUGGGCAGGUUCAUCAUGGACCCCCAGUGCUUCUCCAACAUCCGGGUGCAGGAGCGGUCCUCCUGGCGGAUGUGCAUCGGAGGCUCCACCGGGAGCCUGGACAAGGUCUCGCUCCUCGCCUCCGCCGGCCUCGCCGGCCCCGCCCCCAAGCCCGGCGUCGACCAAUCGGCCGCCACGCUCAACGAGCUGGACCUGGCCCGGGCCAACAGCAUGAACCUGAAAAACAAGGUCCUGCAGCUACCUCUCAGUGAUAAGACCAUCUCUGUGAACAUCCAGCGCAACCCCAAGGAGGGCCUGCUGUGCCCCCCUAGCCAGGCCAGCUGCUGUCAGGUCAUAUGAUCCCCUCAGUCACCCCCUCCCCUCUGCCCGCACCAUCUGUAGCAUACUCUUACUCAACAGCGCCAUUCUUCCAGUGGCUGUGAACAACCUCUGCGCACUCCAUCACCCACCCAACACCGUCAC